AGGGGCAGGCCCUGCCCUGACACACAGCCCUUCUGUAGAGUCCCCCUGAUGAAGCUGAAGUCUGUUCGUGAGACCAUGAAGGAGAAGGGCUUACUGGAGGAGUUCCUGAGGACCCACAAGUAUGACCCUGCUCAGAAGUACCACUUCAGCGACUUCAGCGUGGCCUAUGAGCCUAUGGCCUACAUGGAUGCUGCCUACUUUGGUGAGAUCAGCAUCGGGACUCCACCCCAGAAUUUCCUGGUCCUUUUUGACACUGGCUCCUCCAACUUGUGGGUGCCCUCUAUCUACUGCCAAAGCCAGGCCUGCAACAGCCACUCCCUCUUCAACCCCAGCCAGUCCUCCACCUACUCCUCCGACGGGCAGACCUUCUCCCUGCAGUAUGGCAGCGGCAGCCUGACUGGCUUCUUCGGCUAUGACACUCUGACUGUCCAGAGCAUCCAGGUCCCUGACCAGGAGUUUGGCCUGAGUGAGAAUGAGCCGGGUACCAGUUUUGUCUACACACAGUUUGAUGGCAUCAUGGGCAUGGCCUACUCUGACCUGUCUGUGGGUGGGGCCACCACAGCCUUGCAUGGCAUGCUGCGGGAGGGCGCCCUCACCAGCGAAGUCUUCAGCUUCUACCUCAGCAAGCAGCAGGGCUCUCAGGAUGGGGGAGCGGUCAUUUUUGGGGGUGUAGACAACAGUCUGUUCACAGGGCAGAUCUACUGGGCCCCCGUCACCCAGGAGCUGUACUGGCAGAUUGCCAUUGAGGAGUUCCUCAUUGGUGACGAGGCCUCUGGCUGGUGCUCUGAGGGCUGCCAGGCCAUUGUGGAUACAGGCACCUCUUUGCUCACCGUGCCCCAGCAGUACAUGAACGCCCUCCUGCAUGCCACAGGUGCCCAGGAGGAGGAGUACGGAGAGUUUCUUGUGAACUGUAACAACAUACAGAACCUGCCCACCUUCACUUUCAUCAUCAAUGGUGUGCAGUUCCCUCUACCACCCUCCGCCUACAUCCUCAGCGUAAGUACUGGUCCCUGCAGGCUGAGCCACCAUG